AUGUUCCGUCCGUGCCUCAUUUUGGCAAUUCUUUCCUGCACCGUGCUGGCCUAUCACCGUAAGAUUGUUAAAACUUAAACAUGCGUGCAAAUUAGCGUGACACUUUCCAAGCCAAAAAAAUUUCGCGCACAUUAGCCCAUAAUUGAAAUACAAAAAAGUUGACGUGAAAAGUAAUUGCAGCUUCAUAUCCAGAUUCAAACGUUUCAUUCUGCAGCUAGAUUCCUAUUUUAUAGAGUACCGUGAGCUGAAAUGUUCCACCCCGACCAAUACGAUCCGUGGAGGUCCGGACCGUGCCGAAUGUCACUUGGUUCUGAAAGAGGAAGAGCUGGAGACCGGAAGACCAGUGCCAACUGGCCUCGGAUGUUGGCAGGUUUGAAUUCGAUUCGGAUGCACGCCAAAAAAGGUUUUAUUUGAGGAAGAGCACGAUGGACAGGAGCGCGAGUACUGUGACAUCGUGUGCCCGAAAUCCCACACCGUCUUCAUCUCGUUCAUCGAUCAGGGACACCGUGCCUGCUUCAACUUCAUCACCUACCAAAUCGAGAAGCGCAACGACGAGCACGUGCUCUGGCGCUCCGGAAAAUGUCUCAACUCGACUGUCAACUACCGUAUCGGAUGCAAGUUCGACGAUCCGUUCGACACUCAGUUCAAGUCUGACAACGAGAUUUUUGCUCAUCUAAGAGCUCGUGCUCGCCGAGUGUAA